CCGCUGCUCAUGGAAAGCGCCGACGCCAACGCGACAGCCUCGCCGGGCCCAGACCCCGAAUCGCGACGGAGUCGAUCGGGCCGCGUCGUGCGGGCACCCUCCAAAUUCACCCCCGAGGUCACGCCCGCUCCUUCCGGCGCUGGCAAGCGGAAGCGCCCCAACGGUCGCGACGACACAGAGAACGAUGCACUUAGCUCUGAUGAUGACCUCAGCGACCCCGAAGAGGCUGACGAGGACGGAGACGAGCCCGACGACGAUCCAGACGAUGAGGAUGCCGAUGCGCCGCGGCCGAGGAAGCGAAACAAUGCGCGCUCAAACGGCAAAUCCAAAAAGCCGGCCACCAAGAAGCCAAAGAUCAAUGGUGCUGGCCUGUCGCAUUCGGCUAGCAUACCCAGCAGGCCCAAGAAAGCUGCGCCGCGCAUAUCUGUCGCUAAUGGCGAUGGCGAUUCCCUCUACGCCGAUGUCUUUGGAUCGGGCGACAAUUCGGAUGACGUCGCCGGCCGCUGGUACACAAAAUAUACCCAGAACCAGACUGAAGCCGUGACGGACCUGGUGAACUGCGUCUUGCGGUCUGCAGGGUGUGACCAGGAGGUCAACGAGGAUGACAUUAAUGACCCAGACAACUGUCCAAACAGACUCGCAGAGCUGCAGAGUUUAUACGAAGACCGCCAACUUGCGGAUUAUCCUUUAAUCGCCAAGUCCAAAACCACCAGGUCAUUCCGAAGUCUGCUUGUCGAUUUCUUCAAGUCGCUCCUAAACGUACUGCAUGAAACCGAGACGUUGUACGAGGACGAGGUGCUCAUGGAGAAUAUUGUGAGAUGGGUCGGUUCCAUGUCAUCGUCCACCCUGCGCCCAUUCCGACACACCGCCACCACUAUAGCACUCUCAAUGCACCAUUCAUUGGUUCAUAUUGCAAGGAAAGUCGAUGAACGGAUCACCAAGGCAACCCAACAGCUCGAAGCCGAACAGGCACGUUUAGGAUCAAGGAAAGACAAGGCGAGUAGGCAAAAGCUCACGGCUCUGCAAGAAUCCCUCGACCAGGCCAGCGAACACAGAGCGUUUUUGAAAAAGCAGAUGGACGAGCUCUUCGACACUGUCUUUAUCCACCGGUACCGGGACGUCGAUGUCAGAAUUCGGGUAGAGUGCGUGGAGGCCCUGGGCAACUGGACCUUUGUCCUUCCCACCGUUUACAUUGCACCCAACUACCUGCGUUAUCUGGGAUGGCUGCUAUCAGACACUGCGCCGCAAGCACGGCACGAGGUGCUCAAGCAACUGGCGCGGAUCCUGAAGCGGGAUGCGGAAAAGAUCGGACACUUUAUCGAGAGAUUCAGGCCUCGCCUGGUCGAGAUUUGCACCAAGGAUUCCGACGUUGGCGUCAGAGUUGCUGCGAUUGGCGUCAUAGAUUGCCUGCGGGAGAGCGGCAACCUCCAGCCUGAUGAUAUCGACCAGAUUGGCAAGCUCAUUAUAGAUUCCGAGGUCAGAAUAAGAAAGGCUGUGGCGGAUUUCUUCAUCCACGGAAUUCAGGACAGCAUAGAGAGUAGGGUUCAGGAUAUUGGCGGCCACGAGGCUCUCGAGGAGAUGUUUGACGACGAUCAGGAUGCAUACGACUCGCCACGCGAAGACUGGAUAAAGGUCAAGUGCCUCGCCGAGCUGCUGGCUGCUUACACGACAGACGAGGAGCCAGUGCCGCCGCAUCGUACACUGGGGCUAGAGAUCGCCACAGACGUUGUCGAUCCGACUUUCUCAGAGACACGAAUUACGCUUGCCGCUCAGGCGCUCUUUGAAAAGAUGCCCGAGAUCAGCAACUGGGAGAUUAUUGCAGGCUACUUGUUGUUCGAUCACAGCGUCCGCCAGACAUCGAAAUCACGAUCCAAAGCCAAACCCACGGAGGCGGCAUUCCGGACAGCAGUUGCGCCAGAAGGCCAGGAGGAAACAGUCCUCUUGGAGGUGCUCGCGGCUGCUGUACAACUGAAUCUUGCGCAGAACGGCGAGCAGGAACGGCUCAAGAAGAGGCCCGGGAGGACCGGUGACGGUGAGGCAGGCGAAGGCACGGCUGUACACCUCGCCGAGGUCAUUCCCCGGCUUCUCAAAAAGUACGGCGCCGAGGCAAACACUGCCAAGGUUGUACUCGGCCUUCACCGACACUUGGAUCUCGAGGUGUUCUUGCAACUUCGCCAAGAUUCAACAACCUACUCUAGAUUGCUCGACGAGAUAUGCGCCCAAUUCCUGAGGCACGCCGACACGGCAGUCAUCUUCCAGGCCACACGAGCACUGCUUCAGGCACGCCGGCACGAAGAGCUUCAGGAGCUGGUCGAGCGCAAGAUGGAAGACCUGUGGCAGCAUCUCAUCGGUGCGCUGCGCAGAUUCGACCAAACGACCGAGCUAUCCGUUCGUGGCAACCUUGAAGAGAACGCAUUGCUUCAGCUCAUUACCCUCGUCAUGAAGAUAAGCAAGCUUGCUAGCAUCUCUGCUUGUGUUCCCGUGUUCGAGGCCGAGGGAGAUUCGGACGAGUCUCGCUCACCGCCGAUCCAGAUCUUGGUGAACAUGGUCCAUCGAGGCAAGCUGGGUGAGGUCAACGACGACAUUGAUAACAUCGAGGACGAAGUGACCAUCUACACCAUCAAGGCCUGUCAUUUCUACUUUAUGUGGAAAGCGGGAGACAUUCUCAAGGCAAUCAAGGGCGAUCUUGACAUCUCCAACGACGAAGUUGAUCGGUUGUCAGACCUCCGCAAGACAUAUGACAACAAUCUUGUACACACCUUCUCGUCUCGUGGUGCUUACGACGAACUUCGUCUCUUUGCGCUCGGAAACUACUGCGACCUGCAGACGCUGUGUGCAGCCAUUGGCUUGGCGGUCAACGGCAAGAAGAACGAGACGCCGUCGCAAGCCAGCAAAUAUGCUGGGCUCCAGGUUCUCGUACAGGAGGUCAAGGAACAAGGCUUGGUCAGCGAGAUCAUAUCCAUAUACAACACGGCCGAGCGGCUCUACGCGAUGCGGGCCAAGAAGUCACUCGCUGAACCGGCUCAUGACGACGACCCUCAGGACGACGACAUGCUGAGCGACGAUGAGAACGAGGCGGAUGCCACGAGGACAGACGAGGGCCGCAAGGCAGCUGAGCUGCGCGCCGAGAAGAACCUGUGCGACAUUGCAGGCAAGCUCAUCAUGUGCGUACGCGCUGGCAUGAUGGACAGGUCAGGUCCUCGCGCGGGCAGGCUGAGGAGGCGACUGCUGAGGAACCAGCAUAGGCUGGGGCAGAACCUCAAGGCGGUGCUGGCCUACCUGGACGAGUCCAAGGGCCUCGAAGAUGCGGACAAGAAGAAGAGUCGGGCAAAGGGCAAGCAGUCGGUCAAGGAUGCAACCUCGGGCAAGCAGCCGCCGAGCGAGGCCAUAGUCGUCGAGGACGACAUUGACGAUGACGACGAGGAUCUACCUGAAGAAGGCACCGUCGAGGACCUGCGGCGGCGCGAGCUCAUCGACGACCCAAUCGAGGACGAGCCGCAGGACGAGGAUGAAGAUGAGGGAGGCGGCGGUGGCGCUGAUGACGCGAUGGACGAGGACAGUGUUAUAGGGGACUAA